AGGCACAGCCCUGUAAACGUGUUGAACGUUUGAUAUGCGUUUUUAUUCCCACAAAUUGCAAGAAAUCUUGCUUUUGUCACUUUGCUUAGUUUGUGGGUGUUGUUUUCAGAUCUCGGGCUACUCCCCAUGCCAUCACUAUAUAUACAUAUUUCUUUUCACAAACUUAUAGCCCCACCCAUCUCUUCUUCCUUUCUCAGUUCAGUUCCAGUUGCAGUAUAAAUUAAAGAUGGUGAAGAUCUGUUGCAUCGGUGCGGGGUACGUGGGCGGGCCGACGAUGGCGGUGAUCGCGGUGAAGUGCCCUUCCAUCGAGGUAGCCGUGGUGGACAUCUCCGUCAGCCGCAUCCAAGCUUGGAACAGCAAGCAGCUGCCCAUUUACGAGCCCGGCCUCGACGACGUCGUGAAGCAAUGCCGAGGCAAGAACCUCUUCUUCAGCACCGACGUCGAGCGCCACGUCGCCGAGGCCGACAUCGUCUUCGUCUCCGUCAACACCCCCACCAAGACCCGCGGCCUCGGCGCCGGCAAGGCCGCCGACCUCACCUACUGGGAGAGCGCCGCGCGCAUGAUCGCCGACGUCUCCAAAUCCGACAAGAUCGUCGUCGAGAAGUCCACCGUCCCCGUCAAAACCGCCGAGGCCAUCGAGCGGAUCCUCACCCACAACAGCAAGGGGAUCAACUACCAGAUCCUCUCCAACCCGGAGUUCCUGGCGGAGGGCACCGCCGUCCAGGAUCUCUUCAACCCGGACCGCGUCCUCAUCGGAGGCCGCGAGACCCCCGAGGGCCGCAAGGCCGUGGACGCCUUGAAGUCGGUGUACGCGCACUGGGUUCCUGAGGAGAAGAUCCUCUGCACCAACCUGUGGUCGGCCGAGCUGUCCAAGCUGGCGGCCAACGCCUUCCUGGCGCAGAGGAUCUCCUCGGUCAACGCCAUGUCGGCCCUGUGUGAGGCCACAGGAGCCGACGUGGCGCAGGUGGCCCACGCCGUGGGGACGGACUCGAGGAUUGGGCCCAAGUUCCUGAAGGCGAGCGUGGGGUUCGGCGGGUCGUGCUUCCAGAAGGACAUACUCAACCUGGUGUACAUUUGCGAGUGCAAUGGGUUGGGCGAGGUUGGUGGCUACUGGAGGCAAGUUAUCAAGGUGAACGACUACCAGAAGAGCCGGUUCGUGAACCGGGUGGUGUCGUCCAUGUUCAACACGGUGGCGGGGAAGAAGGUGGCGAUCCUAGGGUUCGCGUUCAAGAAGGACACGGGGGACACGAGGGAGACGGCGGCGAUAGACGUGUGCAAGGGGCUGAUCGGGGACAAGGCGCGGCUCAGCAUCUACGACCCGCAGGUGAGCGAGGAGCAGAUCCAGAAGGACCUGGCGAUGAACAAGUUCGAGUGGGACCACCCGGCGCACCUGCAGCCGGCGGCGGGGGCGGGGGGCGGGAAGCAGGUGAGCGUGGUGGGGGACGUGUACGAGGCGGCGGAGGGGGCGCACGCGCUGUGCGUGCUGACGGAGUGGGAGGAGUUCAAGGGGGUGGACUACGGGAGGAUAUACGGGAGCAUGCAGAAGCCGGCGUUCGUGUUUGAUGGGAGGAAUGUGGUGGAUGUGGAGAAGCUCAGGGAGAUUGGAUUCAUUGUGUAUUCCAUUGGGAAGCCGCUCGAUCCAUGGCUCAAGGAUAUGCCUGCUGUCGCUUAAUUCAUUCUUUCACCUUAUUGCAAGUUUUGGUUAAGCUAUGAUAUCAUGUUAUGUUUUUCAUUUGCUUUUUUUUUUUUGUUUAAUUUCUAAAAUGUUGCAUUUGCCAGCUUCAUUAAUAACAGAAUAAGAAUAAUAAUACCUUUGUUUUUUUUUUUU